UUUUGUGUUGAUCAAAAGUAAAAAAUGAAAGUAGCUAUAGUUGGAGGUGGAAUAAUUGGUUUAACCACAGCUUUACAAUUAAAGCGUGAGUUACGUAACGCUGAAAUUACAAUUUUUGCUACCGAUUUUGAUAAUACUGUCAGCCAUGUAGCUGCUGGAAUAUUUAGAGUUAGUUCAUCAUAUUCUGGACCAACUGAGGAAAUAACAAGAAAUUGGAUACGAGAUUCGUAUGAAUAUUAUGAUGAUAUCCGAAAAUCUUAUGAAGCUUCCUUCGCUGGUGUAACUGCUAUUUCUGGUUACUUAUUCGCUAACUCUUCUCCGGAAACCGUAAAGAAUUACUGGCUUGAAGAUUUAGUACCAAUAUAUAGGAGAACCACGGACGAAGAAUUUCAGUUAGUUAACGGAAAUUGGAAGUAUGGGUCAUUUUUUAAAACUCUCCUCACUGAAUGCAAACUGCAUCUUCCAUGGGCACGUAAAAAAUUACAAGAUAACGGAACUAAAUUAAUAAAAAAAAAAUUAAAUUCUUUAACAGAAUUGGUAUCUGACUGGGAUUUAAUUAUGAAUUGUACAGGUCUCGGAGCACGAUUUUUAUGUAAUGAUAGACGUCUCGUUUCUAUUCGUGGUCAAUUAAUCAAAGUGAAGGCACCAUGGGUGAAAACAUUCUUUUAUGGCGAAUUAGACACUUACAUUAUACCAGGUUUUAAUGGUAUACUUACUCUGGGUGGAUCGAGAAAUUUUGAUUCUGAAAACAUGAAAAUUUGCCCGUAUGAGCUUGUAGCGAUUCGUCAAAGAUGUGAAAAUUUCCUACCAGCUAUUAAAACAGCAGAAAUUGUAAAAAAUGAAGUUGGUUUGCGGCCACAUAGAGAAAACAAUGUCAGAGUAGAGAUCGAACAAAUUGUAAACGGAUACUCCAAAGCUAUUCUAGUGCACAAUUAUGGGCAUGGGGGUUAUGGAGUGUGCACUGCACCUGGUACUGCUAAGUAUGCCAUUAAGUUGGCGAAAGAAAUGCACAAAUCUUCUAUUGCAAAAUUAUAAAUAAUGAAUAUAAUUUCGAUGUAAUAUUAGCAGAUGUUAUAAUCCAAUAAUACUCGCGAAAAUUCUCGAAAACUUAUUCAUCAAUAUAUAUAAUUUAUUAUUAACGAAUUUAUACAAAAAAAUUAUUAAUAUGAGCUAAUACUGU